AUGCACGCUGGGCCCCAGCUCGUGGCGUCUUUAUUAUCCACUCAAUUUUGGAUUGUGUCAGGUCGAUCAGCUAUCCGUCAUGUUAUUUACAAAUGUGUUACUUGUACCAGACACCGAGCAUCAAUGGUCAAAACUUUGAUGGGGGACCUUCCAUCCCCACGAGUGUGUCCAUCUAGGCCCUUCUCCAACGUCGGUAUAGAUUAUGCAGGACCGUUAUUGGUCAAAGAAAUGGUCUCUGAUCUCACAACUCUGGCAUUCCUUGCGUCAUUAAAACGUUUUGUGGCACGUCGAGGAAUACCGUCAGAAAUAUAUUCAAACUGUGGUACUAACUUUCAAGAUGCUGGGUCUGAACUGCGUCGGUUGUGGUCAGAUCCUGUAGCACAAAACACCUUUUCCAAUACCAUUCCAUGUCGGUGGCACUUCAACCCACCAGCUGCUCCCCACUUCGGGGGAUUGUGGGAGGCAGCUGUUAAGUCCAUGAAAAACCAUCUGAAGCGAGCAAUUGGCACCCAAGUGUUAAGUUGUCAAACCCGUUCCCAUUUGCAAGAGGAGAGACAAACUUCUUUGAAAAAUGAGUGUGCUAUUACCAAAAAGCUUCAGUGGCUGUUAUUAAAAUUCUUUCUACUAUCGACAAUGGACAUGCUCGAUGAAGACUUUUGA